GAGAAACCAAGACUUGACCGACUGUUGCCCGCCCUCUGGCAAGUGCCGUGGUUCUUUUCACGUUGCCUCUCCUUUUCGUUUUGUCCUCACACUUGUCAAUGAUACCCUCACCGCUUCGCCUGCUCACUCUUCUCUGCUCUGCCUGACUUCCCCGUCUCUCCGUGUCACCUUCUCUUUCUCCCUCGUCUUCUCGUUUCUGUCUUUUCUCCUGGCGCUUCUCUCGGGGCUUUCCUCGCUCUUUCUCCUUUUCAGAGUUCAACUUCUCGUCUUUUCGUCUGUCCGUUCGAUUCGGAAAGUAUCAGUCUACUCUCGCCUGCUUCGCCGUUCUUUACUUUGUCUUCUUGCUUCUCGUGUGCCGCAUUUGCCUUCUGAAGCUGCCUUGUCUCCCCCGUCUCUAUUCGCACCCCUGGCUGUCCGCCUAUCUCGCGCUUGGACGCUGAGAGUUUCAUCUGAUGCUUCACUUCAUCCGGUUUUUUUAACUGUUCAACGAAAUGGUGAAACAGUCGACUAUGGUGAACCGCCUCGAUGCGGCGGAUGUCACCGAGCUCGCCCCUGGAGUCCACAAAGUCGAGUGGGUUCCCGAUACUCGGUUUCCUCUCUGCGGGACGUUCGUCUUCCAUCUGGAGGACUACACAAUUGGCUACAUCAUCCGCAAUGAUCUCCUCAACGACCCUCGAGUGAAAUUCGUCGGCUUGCGACAACCCCAUCCUCUGGAGCCAAAGAUUGAACUUCGUAUUCAGACAGUCUCGAGCAAUCCUUUCACGCUCGUCCUCGAGAGCUUGAGAAAGCGGAAGGCAGGCCUUUCGUUGCUGAAGGCGCGAUUCAAAGCAGCAGUCGGCGCUGCUCCAGUUGUACAGACAACCGAUGGCGUCCUUUUCCACUCCGGUGAUGCAGCGAAGAGUAUGGACCCCAUGGGAGUGUCCAUGCGUGGUCUGCUCUAUUUGCCGGGGGAGGAGGAAGCAAGAAUUGCCAUUAUCGUUGUCACAAUUAGUCGGAGGAGAACUGCAGAUUUGGACAGCUUCUUGUGA